AUCAUAGAUCAUGUCUGGAAGAAGAGGAGCUAAAUUUAUUUAUUGAUGUGGACUGUAUGCAUACAGAAGCAAUUAUGACUCCUAUGCCUGAAGGAUUAUCACAGCAGCAGGUUGUGAGAAGGUAUAUUUUGGGCUCUGUAGUUGACAGUGAGAAGAAUUAUGUGGAUGCUCUCAAAAGAAUCCUGGAGCAAUAUGAGAAGCCACUUUCAGAUAUGGAACCAAAAUUACUGAGUGAAAGAAAACUCAAAAUGGUCUUUUAUCGAAUUAAGGAAAUUCUUCAGUGCCAUUCCAUGUUUCAGAUUGCGCUGGCGAGUCGUGUAUCUGAGUGGGACUCUGUUGAAAUGAUUGGUGAUGUUUUUGUUGCUUCAUUUUCUAAAUCUAUGGUAUUGGAUGCAUACAGCGAAUAUGUAAACAACUUCAGUACAGCAGUAGGGAUUCUCAAGAAAACAUGUGCCACCAAACCUGCCUUUUUAGACUUUUUAAAGCAGUGCCAGGAGUCAAGCCCUGAUCGAAUUACUCUGUAUGGCUUAAUGAUGAAACCUAUCCAGCGCUUUCCACAGUUCAUUCUACUAUUGCAGGAUAUGUUGAAGAACACUAAUAAAGGACAUCCCGACAGAUUACCUCUACAAAUGGCUCUUACAGAACUUGAAACACUGGCAGAGAAGUUAAAUGAAAGAAAAAGGGAUGCAGAUCAGCGCUGUGAAAUAAAACAAAUAGCAAAAGCAAUGAAUGAACGUUAUCUAAACAAGCUACUCAGCAGUGGAAACAGAUACCUCAUCCGGACUGAUGAUAUGGUAGAGACAGUUUACAAUGACAAAGGAGAAAUUAUCAAAACCAAAGAACGACGGCUUUUCAUGUUAAAUGAUGUGCUCAUGUGUGCAACAGUAAACAUUCGCUCUUCGUAUGAAAGCAGUGGCACCGUGACAACUGGCCAGAGGUAUUUAUUGAAGUGGAGCGUACCACUGGGACAAGUGGAAGUCAUAGAGUACGGCAGCAGUGAAGGCCAAGGAGAGAACUGCAGGUUUCCACUCCAGCACUCUGCUGAGAAUGUCAUCAUUAACUCUAAGCCAAACAAGCUCUAUAUGGGACCAGGGCAACUGUACCAUGAUCUGCAGAACCUUUUACAUGAUUUGACUGUAGUUGGUCAAAUUAGUCAAUUAAUAAGCAGCCUUAAAGGAAACUAUCAGAACUUAAACCAAUCUGUAGCCCAUGACUGGACCUCAGGUUUACAAAAACUGAUUUUGAAAAAAGAAGAUGAAAUCAGAGCGGCAGAUCGCUGUAGAAUUCAGCUGCAACUCCCAGGAAAACAGGACAAGUCUGGGCGGCCCACUUUCUUUACAGCUGUGUUCAAUACAUUUACCCCUGCCAUCAAACAGUCCUGGAUCAACAAUUUACAAAUGGCUAAACUGGCCCUUGCGGAGGAUAACCUCUUAGGUUGGUUCUGUGUAGAAGAUGAUGGAAAUCAAAUAAAAAAGGAGAAACAUCCUCUCCUCGUCAGACACAUGCCAGUGAUGAUGGCCAAGCAACAGGAGUUUAAGGAGAACAGUGUGUGGCAGUAUUUGCUGGAGCUCUGGGUCAACUUUGCCAGGUUUACUGCUCCUAAAGAUAAUGUGGGUGUGUGCCCUACUGUCAUGCCUGAUUGCUCCCAAGUCCUCGAUAUUACUGGAAAAGAUGAU